AUGUAUGAGUUGAAUUACGCCAGAUACUACAUACCUCAGUUAUUUCCAGAUCUCAGUGGAAGAAUUAUUUUUAUCGAUGAUGAUUGUAUAGUACAGGGAGAUUUGUAUGAACUGUUCAAUGUGAAGCUGAAGCCAACCGACCACUGGGGGCAGCCUUUGCCGGAGGAUUGCACUGGAUCUGCCAAGAGAGUUACCUUGAUGAAGAAUGUUUAUGCGGACCUAAAUAUAGAACUUUAAAGAACAAAACAUGUACAGAUGUUAGACAUAAAUCCAACAGCUUGCUCCUUCAAUACAGGGGUAUAUGUCACUGAUAUAGAUAUAUGGAGAAAACACAAUAUCACACAAAAACUUGAAUACUGGCUCACUUUGAAUACAAAGGAGGAGGUAUAUGGCAGUGAAAGAGGGGGAGGGGGAUCACAACCACCUAUGAUGCUUGUCUUUCACAAUAAAUACACAAGUAUGGACCCAAUCUGGCAUGUCCGCUAUCUAGGGUGGACUAAAGGAACUAGUUAUACAUCAAGUUUUCUGAGUCAAGCCAAACUAUUACAUUGGAAUGGUCAGUUUAAACCAUGGGGACGAGUGUCACAGCAUUCUGAAAUCUGGAACAAAUACUUCAUUGAAGACCCUUUAGGAAAAUUUGCACCGAUUAGGAAAAGUUGAUUGAGAAUGUCACUUGGAUCAAAAUG